AUGGCAGAAGAAACUCAGAUCGAAGAAGAACAAGAAACUCAGUCCUUUCAAGUUUUGCUUACUCGAGCACGAAAACUUACGGCGAUGGCUAGCUUUGCAGAAAACUGGAGGGAUCUGAGCGGCAAGAACGACUGGGAGGGUCUACUAGACCCUCUCGACAUCAAUCUCCGCCGCUAUAUCAUUCACUAUGGUGAAAGGGCUGGAGCGACGAUAUCCGUGGUGAAGGAGCUAAAGUCGAAGAACUACAGACUUCCGCAAUACGCAAAAGGACAUUUGUUCCCAAAGGUGGGCUUGGAGAGUGGUAAUCCAUACAAGUACAUGGUGAAAAAAUAUUUUUAUGCAACUCAUCUGGAACUUUCGCCCAAGAAAUCAAACUUCCUGGGUUUUGUUGCGGUGACAACUGAUGAAGGAACCAAAGUGCUAGGCCGGAGGGAUGUCUUGAUUUCAUGGAGAGGAACCACAUUGGUACAUGAGUGGCUUGUUGACGUGAAGAUCAAUUUGGUCUCAGCUUCUCACAUUCUGGGAGAGGAGAAUGAUCCUAAGGUGCACCAGGGUUGGCUUUCCUAUUACACUGAUAUGGACCCUGAGUCCUCACACAAUCAACUUACUAGUUCCAGAGAUCAGGCUCUAGCUGCACUUAAAGAAGUACUUGAUGAAUACAAGGGUGAUGAAAUCAGCAUUACUGUCACUGGUCACAGCAUGGGUGCUGCACUCGCAAUUCUAAAUGCGUCUGAUAUUGUUCAUAACGGAUACAAUAAAAUGACAGAUCAACCAAAUAAGGUCAUUCCUGUCACAGCUAUUGUGUUUGCCUGCCCUCGUCUUGGAAACCAGGGUUUCAAAAAUGUACUUUCUGGUCUUGAAAAUCUUCACGUCUUGCGUGUCACAAAUGACCAAGAUAUCGUCCCUAAAGCAUCAGAAUCGGUGGAUUAUGUUCAUGUUGGAAAAGAGUUGAGAAUCGACACUCUCAAGUCGCCGUUCUUGAAAGUUAUUCCUGAUACUAAUGUCACAGAAAAACUUAACAAUUUGCACGAUCUGGAGGCUUACUUGCAUGGAGUUGCAGGGACACAGGGGAUCAAAAGUUCUGAUUUCAAAUUGGAAGUUGAUCGUGAUCUGGCACUGGUAAACAAGUUUAUUGAUGGCGUGAAGGAUGAACAUAAUAUAGUUGCUCAGUGGUGGACUGAGAAGAAUAAGUCUAUGAUCCAAAUGGAUGAUGGCUCUUGGGUGUUGGAUGAUCACGAGGAAGAUGAAUAGUUAGGCUAGUCUAUGAUCCAAAUGGUACCAUUGGCUUGCAUAUAAUAUAUAAUCUGGUAUUCCAGCUUUAAAUAAAGCUUAUAAGCUCUAUCGUAAUUCGAAUAAGGUUUCCUUCGUCUGGUUUGGUGCUGUGUUGGGUUCCCAAAAAUCCCCUUUUCUGUUGGAAUAGGGGUCUUUGUCGGAACUUCCAUAGUCUCAUGUUGUUAAUUCCUUCUUCUACAUGUUAGCUACAGUCCAAUCAGCAUGUAUUGAAGUCUUG